GAUCGGCGGACACAGCGGAUCACCGAUUAAUGGAAAGAGCCGAAGAUGUCAGCUCGAUCAUGUGAUCAGCUGUGUCCAUUCAUAGCUGAUCACAUAAGUGCCACCUGUCAGUGUCCAUCAGUGCCAUCUGUCAGUGCUCAUCCAUGCCACCUGCCUGUGCCCAUCAGUGCCACAUCAAUGCCACAUUUCAGUGCCUACCAGUGCACAUUAAUGCCACAUAUCAGUGCCCAUCUGAGCUGCCUUUCAGUGUCACCCAUCAGUGCCACCUAUCAAUGGCAAUCAGUGCCACCUAUCAGUGGCUCCAAUCAGUGCCACCUAUCAGUGCCAGUCAGUGCCGCCUAUCAGUGCCAGUCAGUGCCGCCUAUCAGUGCCAGUCAGUGCCGCCUAUCAGUACCAGUCAGUGCCGCCUAUCAGUGCCAUAUAUGAGUGCUGCCUUUCAGUGCCCAUCAGUG